AUGGAUAUUCCACCAAUUCUUUAUUACCAUCCAAUAUAUAAUGAUUCUUUUAAUGAGGAUGAAUUAUCUGUUAACACUAAAUGUGGUCAUAUAACACAAUUAAAAAUUAUGAAAGAUUGGAUUAAUAGCAAAAAAACAUGUCCUUUGUGUUUAGUUCCUUCAACAAUAGCAAAUAUAUUAAAAAUAUAUCAUAAUAAUAUAAUUAAUGAAAAUUAUUUAAAAUAUAGAAUUGAAAAACAUGAAGAUUUAAAAAUAGAAACAUUAAAAAGUUUAAAUAAUCUUUCUGAUAAAUAUUCUAUCGAGACUGAAAACAUCAUUGAUAUACUAAACUAUGAUAUGGAGUAUAAAAAAAAUAAAAAAUUAACUAAUUUAUUGCAUAAAAAAUUUCAAAAUGAAAAAGAUUUAGAAAUUGAAAAAUUUAUUAAUGAUAUUAUUCAAAUAGAAUUAGCUGAAAAAGAUGAAGAAAUAACUGUUCUUAAACUUCAACUAUUGAAAGAGCAAGAAAAUCAUGAAUUAAACAAAGAUAAUAAAAUUAAACAAGUUGAUGAAAAAAAAUUAAAAGAAAUGGAAAUUUUUUAUAAUAAUGAAGAGGAAGAAAAAAAGAAGCUUUUUGCUAGAAAAACUCAUCUACAAGAAGAGUAUGAUAAUUUAAUUAAGGAAAAAGUUUUAUUGGAAGAAAAAGUUGCUUUAGCAAAUAAUUAUGAAUUAUUAGAAAAUAAAGUUAAAAAUCAAGCAGCUAUUAUUAAUUACCUUAGAAAUAAAAAUAAAAAAUUAUCUAAAGAAAUAGAGGAAAAUGAAAAUUCAACUAGUAAAGUUAAUCAAAAAAUUGCUAAAAAGUAUCAUUAUUUAAAUUCUCAAUAUCAAGAACUUAAAAUUAUAACAGAAUUAUUGGAACAUAAAACAAAAUCAUUUGAUUCUAUAGAAGAAAAUCUUUACAAAUUUGAUAAAGAAUUAUGUAAAUUAAUGUCAAAAAUAUUGCCAAAUGAUACAUUAUGUAAAGAACCAUACAAAACUUUUUUACAAGAAAGACAGAAACUUGCUUCACCAGUAUGGAAUAGUGUAUCAGAUUUGAUUAAUGCUACAUACAGAAAUAUUAUAGACGAAUUUAAUUUAGACACACUAUUUGAGAAAGCCAUUAAUGAAAGCGAAAUUAUUUGUAGUAUUCUAAAUGAAUUGAAUUUAAUAAAGAGGAGAAAGUAA